GCCAGGCAGGCGCUGUGCCACUGAGCUAAAUCCCCAGCCCCACAUCUUUGUAUUUUUGAGGUGUACUUUCAGAUGAAGUUUCUGUCAGUUGGCUCACAGGUCCAAGGUUAAAUGCGUAUGUAGUUGUUAGUGGAUGCCCGGGCGAAAGCGUUUUAGGUGGAGGGAAGGGCGUGCACAGGGGCCCUGCGAUGGGACGCUUGGCCCUGUGGCUGCUGUGCUGAAGAGCAGCACGGCGCCCACAUGGAGAGACGGGGCUGGCAGUGAAAGUGGGCUACUCAGGGUCCUGUGUACUAUGUCAGAGCACUGAGCUCCAGCACCGUUUUCUGUAUUCCCAGGAGAUUGUGGCACACUUGAUAGGCAAAGAACUCUCCUAUUGUGGCCUGGAAUUUCCUAUGUACCCCAUGAAUUUGGGAUCUUCCUGACUCAUCCUCCCAAAUGCUGGGAUUACAGACAUGCUCCACAUUAAUGUCUUCAGGUGUAACGCUCUGCCCCAAAAUUUGCAGCAUCAGUUUUUAAAUUGCUCUCUGCCGGGCGUGGUGGUGCACACCUGUAGUCCCAGCCCUUGGGAGGCCAAGGCAGAAGGAUUGCUGUUCGUUCGAGGCCAGCCUGGGCAACACAGCAAGACCUUGUCUCAAAAUAAAAAUAAAAAUAAAAAGUAAAUUGCUCACUGCUAUGCUGGAGCUAACUGGUUAUGUGGUAAAAAGAAAAAAACACUGGGGUAGGACAUGACCCUUCUCCCAGGGGACUUAAGCAGCAGCCAGUGGUGGUGUGUUCUUCUGUCUCUUGUACUUCUUCACCACAAGGUAAGUCCAGAGCUGUGCUGUCCAGUGCUUUAGCCACCAGCCAGUGUGUCUAUUUGAAAUUCGGCUAAUCUGAAUUGAGCUGUGCUUGCUCUAAGUGUAAGAUAUAUUCUGGAUACCAAAGGCUUAGUAUGCAAAAAGAAUUAAAAUAUUUCAAUAAUUUAAAAAUAUUGAUUAUAUUCUGGAAUAGUGUUAUUUUUAAUAUACUGGGUUAAAUAAAUAUAAAAUUAAUUUCACAUUUGUACUUUUUUAAAUGUGAUUUAUAGGAAAUUUAAGAUUGCAUGUGGGGCUCAAUGACGUUUCUGUUUGUUAGCAUGGUCUGGAGAGUUACUGCAGUUUAGGCUAAACAUUACUCCCGCUGAAUCAAAUCAAGAGGUGUAUAAUCCUCAUUCCUCUGUAGUGACACUAAUUUUAAUAAAUUCGAAAUUGUCUGUAUUAAGGAUGUAUUUUGAUCACUUCCUGGAUGUUCUGUUGUAAAGAUGCUUUUGUUAAAACUACUUCCACAGCUUCUAUUUCAGGUUACUUUUUUUUUCUUUUAAAAAUCCACUUCAGAACUUUCCAUGGAAAAGAUACAUUGUGAGGACUUCUGGAUCUCUCCAGAGUUGAUGCAUAUAUUUUUUUUCUUUUGCAAUUAGAAAUAUGUGGAGUGAUACUUUGACACUUUGAGAAUAUUCUGUUCCCAGUCUUUUUUACCUAAUAGUUUAGUGCCUGUUGAAGCUAUUUUCCUAAUUAAUAGGAAAAUUGGGGGCUAUGGAAAAUGGUUUUUCUUAUGCUGUCAUUUCUUUUUUCAUAAAUAACAUUCUUCUAUACUGAACUAUUUUUUUUUUCACAUUUCUUAAAAGUGAGAAUUAGCUGUGUGGUAUGUGGAUGAGUCACUUUAUACAGUAGGUGUUUGAUUAGAAAAGUUGGAUACAAAUGAAAAUUGUAAAAUAUGGAAUCGUAGCUUACAUGUACAGUGGUUGUUCACUCUUCAAGGGAAACGUACUGUAACUUUUAAAUCUGGUUAUCACUCUUAUUAUUCUUAUAACCUGAAUUUUCACAUAUGACAGUUAUUCAGCACAUUACUGAGUGUGUAUUUUAUGAUGUGCCGGGCACUGGUGUACCCUUGCAAGAGACACAGCUGUGAUUUGUGUCGGAUGCUCUGUACACAUAGGACGUCUCACCUAAACAUGGAGUUAAGCCGGUGACCAUUGUUCUGGGAAUGCAGGCAGUUAGGAAACUGUCCUGCGAAUCUUGAUUUGGAAGGGUUACAGGCUUUUGCUAGCAAUCCCAGGCAAGGAAAUGCUCUGAAGUUCAAAAACUGUAUUAUUCUUCAUAGGACUGAAGUUAUGAUGCCCCUCUCAUCUGGCUGCUGUAGUUUGCAAUUUGCUACUCAUUGUCAAUUUGCUGCUCUCAAACUACUCUUACUGUCUUUCUAAUGUAACAUUGAAUUAUGGUUUCAAAUUCUACCCCUCAGUGUGCAGUUUUGCCUAAUUUUUGGUCCUCUGAAGACAUUUCCCAGUGUUUCUGAGGUCCAUCCCUCUGUGAAGCAUAUCUUAGAGGCACCUGUUAGUGGCUUUUCAGAACAGUAGGGAGGCUCUUAGCAGCUAAGUCCUGCUUAGCUCACUAGUUUCCUUCUGGGCUGAGGAGGAAAGAAGCAUUACUUCUUUGCUCUUCCAUGAACAUUUUCCCAGUUCAUAGCAGAGCAAGGGAUUCCUAGAAGUUUGAAGUAGUCUUGGGGCUUGGGGUAACCUCCUGUCUGGAAUUUGGGAAGACCACAUUGGUAAGAUUGCUACGUAUAGUAUCUGGAUGGGAAGAUCUUCCUGUUCCUGUUUUGACUAAGCUGUGAUAGUCUUCUCUUCUUGCUGAAUUGCGCCAGGAAUCUAGAGAUUUAAGAGAGGCCCCUGCUGCUUCUCAGCUAUAGAAUGGCAGAAAUCUGCAGCUUCUGAGAUUUCCAAGGAAGAUUGAGUGACAGUUACACUUAGCUGGAUAAAUGUUAUAUUUGAUAUCUGAAUGUUAUCCCAAAGCCUCAUGCGCUCAUAAGUGGGGCUUUGGGGAGCUGAUUGGAUCAUGGGGUGGGGAUGCUCAGUGCAUUUAUAGCUAAAUGUGAUGUUGGCUGAAGACUGGCUGGAGGAACAGCUCACUGGGGGCGCUUUCCUUGAGCUUCUGUUUCCUGAUGGCAUACUAUAAAUGCCUCUCCUCUGCCAUGCCACUGUGGCUUGGAGUGAGCUGAUUAUGGACUGAAACCUCUACAAACUGAGCCAAGACAAAGCUUUCCUCUUUUAAACUGUGGGUGUUGGGUAUUAUGGCUCAGGUGACUAAGACAAGAUAUCUCUUAAAGCCAAGGGAUUUUCCCACUAAAGAUAAGAUGUCUUUUGAUUUUUUUUAAAUUUAAGCUGCAUCUCUAGUACUUCCUUUAAAAUAGACACUUUAAAGUCUUUCAAGUGGUACAAUGUCUGUGAGUUACACAGCUGUGACCUCAGGUUCUAGAAUAUCAAAUCAGCAUUCUUUUAAAGAGGUAUUUCACUUUAGAUUGACCCUCAGUCUGGAAUCAGCCAUCUUAUUGCCAAGGAUAUAUUGGACAAGGAUACCCAGUCGUAAGAAGACUCUUCCGCUUCUCGCCAUGAAUUGGUUCGGACGUUACUUCCCUAAGCGCUCCGAGGAUGUUCCCUUACUCAGAACACACUCACCUCUGCUCUUUUCACUGAUGUCAUCUGAAGGUGGACAUUUCGUUUCCAACUUGAGGAGCCACGGACCCGCCCGCCCCGUGGUGAAGCAGCCUGUCCGUGGAGCCAGUAGCAGAACCGCAAUCACAGCGAUCAUUCAGAUCGGCGGGGAUUGGAGCACUGGCCUCUUCAGUGUCUGCAGAGAUAGGAGAAUUUGUUUUUGUGGUCUGUUUUGUCCGAUGUGUCUUGAGUGUGACAUUGCCAGGUAUUAUGGAGAAUGUCUUUGUUGGCCGUUGUUACCUGGGUCUACCUUUGCAAUGAGAAUUGGCACCAGAGAGAGAUAUAAAAUACAGGGCACCUUGUGCGAGGACUGGCUGGCGGUGCACUGCUGUUGGCCGUUUUCCGUCUGUCAGGUGGCCCGGGAGCUCAAGAUGAGAACCUCCCAACUCUAUGAAAUCUGCGCGGUUCCUUCGACUGAGGACACUUUGGUUUGACAGCAUGAUAACACCUCCUCCUCACACCCUCAUGCCCUCCUCUCAAACCCCUCUUAGUGAAAGAUUGUUUUUCUUCAUAAAGUCUCACUGCAACAGUAGGAAAAUAAACGAUCCCCCAUUA